UACUCCUGUAGUUACACCCUUCAACGAACUCUCGCGCUGUUCCUAAAUGUAACCGAUGGAUGGCGCUGUUUGGGCAUUACUGAACGAAUAGCAGGCGCAAUGGUGUCUGUAUCCCCGUCGACAUGGCAAAGCCUCCAGAUAUUUUACCAAUGGGUCCUAGAAAACGGGGACAAGAGGACAGGUGGAUGGCUUUUGGUUUAUUCUCCGCUGCCUGUCGGUGGAAUCUUCCUGUGUUACCUUAUCAUCGUCUGGCUUGGCCCCAAACUCAUGGCUUAUAGAGAACCAGUCAACAUCAAAGCUCUUCUUAUUAUUUACAAUUUUUCCAUGGUGUGCCUUUCUGCUUAUAUGUUUUAUGAGUUCACAGCAUCAUCUUGGUUGGCAAAUUACAGUUUAGUGUGUCAGCCUGUGGACUACUCUGAAACCCCCUUGGCAAUGAGGAUGGCCAGAGUGUGCUGGUGGUUUUACUUCUCCAAAGUUAUUGAACUUACUGAUACAAUGUUCUUCAUUCUGAGAAAGAAGAACAAUCAACUGACCUUUUUGCAUGUGUAUCAUCAUGGCACCAUGAUUUUCAACUGGUGGGCAGGGGUCAAGUAUGUUGCAGGAGGGCAGUCGUUCUUUAUUGGCCUCAUAAACUCUUUUGUUCAUGUGGUGAUGUAUAUGUACUAUGGCCUGGCAGCAUUGGGCCCCCAAAUGCAUAAGUACUUGUGGUGGAAACGAUACCUAACUUCCCUUCAGUUGCUCCAGUUCUUUAUUGUGACCAUUCACACUGCAGUCAACUUCUAUGCUGACUGUGACUUUCCUGACUCCAUGAAUAUGGUGGUGCUCAGCUACGCCUUCAGCCUGAUUGCUUUGUUCAGUAACUUUUAUUAUCAGAGCUACAUUUCCAAGAAGACCAAGAUGGCAUGAUAGCAUGAAGGAAGAUACUGAUAGAUAGAUAGAUAGAUAUAUAUAUAGACAUACUUUGAAUGUUCGAAUAAAAAUGUGUCAUCCAUUGAUCCCGAAUGUUGUAGUUGAGACUCUCUUAAGGACUCUUUUUAAUCCUUUAUCUCAGAUCCAUUUGUCUGUGUAUUCUCCCCUCCUCCAAACAGAGCCCAUACAAUCUCCACUCUCCCAUCCCCCUCUGGUCAUUAGGGAUUGAGACCCUGCAACGCUCUAGUGAUCUGGCCAAAUUGAAAUAAACCCGAGUCCACCUUCUGCUCCUCACUCACUUAUUUAUCUAAUCUCCCUCUGUGACACUUCAUUUGUUUUAUCACUCAUUGGAUCAGGUCAACCAAUCACAGUGUAGCUUAGGGGAGUGGCUUAUUUAGGGCUCUGCUACAGUCUAUGGUCUUAGGCCAAUGCCUAAGGUUACCUUUAUAAGGUGUAAUUUGAAUUUUUAUCAAGAUAUAAAAUACAAUAUUUAUCUUAAUAUAAUAAUUAUAAUAAUAUAAUUUUGAAAUGUAAUAGAUAAUAGUCUAUGUUUAUUAACAGUAUUUGCAUUUAAUACAUUAUGAAUGGCACACAAGCAUGAAAGCUUGUCACACAGAAAAGUCAGUGGUGUAGAGAGAAGAUUUCUCCUGAAAAAAUUGUUCCAGCAAGCUCUGAAUAGCAAGGGAAGGUCUACUCCUAAAAAUACUACUGGGCAAGCACACUGUCACCUGAGUGACAUGUGUCCAAACAGUGAGAAUGUCCUUUCAUUGCAGUGAAAAGUAAUGGCUUGGAAUUGCGGACUAUUGUGCACUGGAACAUUCUAUACUCCUGCAUAAAAUUACAUGACAUUAUAGACGUCUAAAAUUGCAGUGAUCUUCUAAAUUAUCUCUUAAAUGUAAUGCAAUUUGUUCUAUUGAUAGCUUCUUAAAAUACCAUUUUAUUUGUGAGCAAUAUAUUUCCACAGAGCAGACAUAGGUUUGUGCCUCGGGUUCAGCUUUAAUGCAGUCUGAAGAAUUCACUGCAUGCAUUUGAAUAUGUGAAAGCUCUCACCUGUCUCUCAUUCAAAUAAAAGCAGCACACGCUCCCCCGACAUGUCAGUCAUCUGACAAAAUGUGCCCAGGUUGCAUUUCACCUGUUGAAGCUUAUAUUCCCCACAGUGCCAUCAACGUGCGACUCUUCAUGCAUCCCUCAGUCCAGUGCAGUAAACAGACAGUUCUCAAGGUGCACCUCUAAAUGUCACUUUCCCUGCAAGAUGCCAGAUGAAGGCCAUUCUUUAAUGUAGCUGUCACUUUAAGUCGCAGCCAUUCUUUCCUCUGCCUCUCUUUGUUAAGGCUUAUAAAGAGUGAGCAACGAAUAUCUCUGAUGCAGGCUGACAGAAAUGGAAGUGCUUGUAAAGAUGAAAAGAAGAUGAGGAAUCUAUUCACCUCCCUCCCUCAACAUUCUUUGUUUAGAAUUAGGCAC